AUGAAGCCCGACGUCGACAAACUGAAGAACGGACACGAAUGGGAGGUGACGCUCGAGUUUCUCUUCAAGGUCCGUUUCGCCCACAGCAUCUUGGAGCACACAACUCCUCCAGACGACCGACCAGAACUCGUCGUCCGCGAUGUCUCGGACCGACAAAUGCCGGCCAAUUCCAUUCUGACCGAAUCCGACCGCUCGAACUCGACCAAAGACGUUGGGUGCGAUGCUGGCCUGUUCUUCAACGACGAGCGGUAUCGUCAAGUCGUUCACGUUUCAGAGGAUGAAUACCUCGACGUUUCAGAGGAGGAAGACCGCGACGUUUCGGAAGAGGAAGACCUCGUUUCAGAGGAGGAAGACCUCGACCCUUCAGAGGAGGACGACCUCGACGACUCGGAGGAGGAAGACCUUGACGACUCAGAGGAGGAAUACCUCGGGAAGCCAGGUGCAACAUUGGAGCCGGAGGACAAGCGCGGGAUGCGCGCCCCUUUCGUCGGGCGCUGCUCAUUCGCCGACAUCGUCGUCCCCAUCGAGGUCAAGGCACAUCACAGCCAGUGCGCGUUCGAAUUCGAAGAUCCCGAAACCACUUCCAUUUGGUCGGAGGAGUCGACCGACGAGGACCCCGGCAUCGAUGGGUUCGGCCCGUUCGGCAAGUACCUCGGGUGCACCUUCGCCAGACAGCACCGGAUCCAUGUCUACGCCGUCUACAUCUUCAAGAACCUUGCACGCUUGGUCUACGUCGAUCGCGGCGACUUCGAGGAAAUGUACGACUUUGCGAAGAAGUCGACGUCCAUCACCCCAUACGUCCGCAAGCAGCUCUACUACGCGCUCUGCCUCACUGAACAACUGGCCGAUGACACCCCUCACGACACGUACCCGACCCGGUCGAACGGCGGAUACAUCUUGUUUGGCCGCCCGACGUUCGUGAACCCGUCUCUUGUCGGUCGCUGCACCAUCGCCGGCGUCGCGUUCGUCCCCGCCCCGUCGGACGCCGUGGACAAGGUGGCCGCUGGGAAGGCGAUCUUCACCAAGUCGCUCUGGCGUAUCGAUCACCCGGCCAUCCGGCCAGAGCACGAAAUCUACGAGAUGCUCAAGGCCAAGCUUGUGGGAGGCAUCCUCACGUGUCUAGGUGGUGAAGACGUCUCUGCCGGCCCAGGACUCCAGCGACUGCGCACGCGUACAGCUGAAUUUCUCGACGCAAGGAUUCCUUCGGCUGCCGGCGACAAGGAGAGCCAUCAACGGUGCAGCCGGGUGCUCUACCGGAUCAGUUUCGAGGAGAUCGCUCGGCCUCUUACGGACUUCAGGUUCUGGCCCGAGCUGUUUGCGAUCCUCUUCGACGCCCUGACAGCCCACCAGGAUGCGUGGAACAAAGCGGAUGUCUUGCACCGUGAUGUCAGCGUCAACAACAUUCUGAUCGUCGAGAAGAAUGGCACGCCCUCCGGCGUACUCUGCGACUGGGAGCUGUGCAAGCGUAAAGACGAAAUGGGUAAAGUGCAGAGGAUACCCGACCGCACGGGGACUUGGCAAUUCCGAUCUGCGACAUUGUUGAACUGCCCGUGGAUGCCAUACAGACUGUCGGACGACAUCGAGUCCUUUGUGCACGUGCUCAACUACCUCGUCAUGCGUUUUAUCACACAGGCAUACACUCCUCAAUAUGAUGAGGUGAAAUGCGAGGAGAGAGGCAUCACGGCCUACGUUGGCGGCACACAGAAGCUCUGGGCACUCAGAGCCGGGCAGCCGCACUUCAAGCCCAAAUACAACGAUACUCUGACCGCAGCCAUGCAGGACGUUGCCGACAUCUGCGUACGGCACUACGGAGCUAUGGACUUCAAAACACUCCGGCGGUUGUAUGCCCCCGUCGAAGAAAAGAAAGCCGUCUUCGAAACGAGUGAUGAACACCGCGGGUCCGCGCAUGGCGACGAUGAUUCCCAGUCCGGAGGGUUCUCUUACGCCGUCGUUCCGACCACUCCUCUCGCCACCCUGUCAUCUCCCGCCAACCCCGUCCCAUCUUCUCCUACCGACCCGAGGACGCGGAGUCCUUGGCAGGCAGCCAUGGACUCGACGAGUCCGACGGCGCCGACGCCGGCGCAGCGACCAAGUCCAACCCCCGCCAUCCCCACGGCCGCCGCCUCCCGACCCGCCGGCCCGCUGUCUACGCACGAAGAUCUUCUUGCUGUGUUCAAGAGAUGGAGCGUGGCCCGGAAGUGGCCGAACAAGAAGGAGCGGUCGCGGUUGACGCAAGACUUGUUCGUCGACGCGCGGCUCGUCAAGCGCAACAACAACGCGUUCUCGCUCGGCUCGACGGACCCGCUCUACUACUCCAAGCCGACCGAGCCGGCACGUAAGAAGGCCAAGACGAACAGCGGGACACGCUCGCCAGCGUCGACGAGGAGCCUGUGCACCCGCUCGAGGAGACGAUGCGGAUGA